GAACACGACUCGCCUUGUUGUGUGUAUUCCCGUGCUCGCAUCGCCAUCUUGUUGCAAUCCUUAUUUUUUUUUACGUAUGCGAGGAUCUACUUUCUGUUUGGUUGUACUGAAAAUUUACCCUCUGCUUUUAGGAGAAGCACAGGUGACAAUAAGCUCGGGUCUGCGGGUGUGAACCGUGCACACGGCGCUUCCUACCGCGGGACACUACCUACCCCCUCGGCCUUUUUUCUCCUUCCGUCCCGGGCCACCGGGUCGCUUGCCGUGAGGGUUUACGCGCAAUGAGCAUCGAUACACUUUUGGAGGCGGCCAGAUAUUUGGAAUGGCAAGCCCAGCAACAACAGAUCACACGUGAGGAGGAGCAGCGCCGAGAGAAGGAGCUUAUCAAUAGGGAGGCGGAGUCGAGGCGUGUGGAACUUGUGACCUCGUUGUCUCAACCAAUCAGAGCCAACCAUGUCACUUGGGGCGAUGACACUAACUGUCAACAGCUGCAUCAUCCUCUUGCACCUCCGCCCCCUUCUCUCCAACCUCCUCAAGUCCCCAUUACUGUCAUCCCAAUGGUCCCAGUUGUCACCGCGACACCCUCUGUACCGCCCCUCCCGCUUACAACGCAGAUUGCUGCGGCAGCAACAUUGCUCAAUGGCUCACCACCAGCCAAGAACACUUCCUCCCCUCUGCAGCAGCAGCAGCCGGCCUCUCCUCACCUGCUGUGCGCCUCCCAGAUCAAAUUAGAAAGUAGUCCGGAGCUGAUUAGUGUAAAGCCCACCCAAUCACAGCCUCAGGUUCAGAUUCAGUACUCAACCUCCAUCAGCACUAAUGGCUCUCAACAUGCACUGGUUCACCAUCAAGCUCCACCUUCAUCUCAGCUUCGGCCUAAUGGAGUAACGAUGGAGGACCUGAGGGCGAUGGAAGGGAAGAGGAGGCCCGGAGGAGCGGGGACCAGAGAGGUGCAUAAUAAACUGGAGAAGAACAGGCCCUUCAGGCGAGCGCACCUCAAAGAGUGUUUUGAGACGCUGAAGAAGAACGUUCCAAAUGUUGACGAGAAGAAAACCUCCAACCUCAGUGUUCUCCGCAGCGCUUUGCGUUACAUACAGACUCUGAAGCGUAAGGAGAAGGAGUAUGAGCACGAGAUGGAGCGCUUGGCCAGAGAGAAAAUCGCAACGCAGCAGCGGCUGACCGAGCUGAAGAACGAGCUCAGCCAGUGCAUGGAUGUUAUCGAUAUCGACAGAGUCCUCCGACAAACGAUGCAGCCCGAGGACGACCAGGCCUCCACCUCCACCGCCUCAGAAGGAGAGGACAACUUUGAACAGGACAUUGAUGAGGAUUUCCCUGCUCCUCCUGCACCCAUGUCGCUCCCCAAACGAACACCUCCAAUCUUACAAGCCCAGCCACUCCUCACCUCUCACCUGUCAAUCCAGCAUGCAACACUUUCUGGAGUCCUGACCACGCCCUCUGCUACCCCUCAAGCCAUCGCGCCUGCUCCGGCUCCAGGUCUGCUGCCCAACCAUCCUAUUCAGCCCCCUGCGAUGCAGGUCCAGCCCACCGUCAUCGCCCAUGCCGCCGUCUCCCACCCUUCAGUCAUCCAGGCUGUCAAUCACGGCCUGCCAGCAAAUCACAAGCACCUAAUGCACAUCGCCCCAUCACCUUGCCCCAUCUCCUCGAUCCCUCAGCCGAUCGCAGCAGCACCCGCUGCCGCCACUCACCAGUCGAUGGCUGCCCAGCCAAUCGGACACAUCACCGUUCACCCGGUGGCUCACCUGGGAGGUCCCCUGUCAUCCCACCUCCCGACUCUCUACCCCCAGGGCGUGUCUGUGUCCCAGCCCACCAUGGUGGGCCACAUCACUCACACCUUCACCCAUCACACCCUACCACACGUCCAGGCUAAUCCUCAAGUUAACACUAAUGGAGCCCAGGUGGCCAGCGGAGCCGUGAUCAGCCAGGGGAGCCCUUCGCUAGGUAAACCGACAGCAGUGCUGGCCCCCCACCCACAGCUGGUUGGACAGGCUGCCGUCCUCAACCCUGUCACCAUGGUUACUGUUCCAACCUUUCCUGUCAGCACACUCAAACUCGCCUAAAAGAAUAAGUCCGUGGGACUGACGGAAGUAAGUUGAAGGAGAGAAAGAUUCAGAACCUCCUGGAUGAGUUUUCACACUCCUAUCAAUAAUCAAUAGCAGAGAAUCUCUGACAGACAAAAUCAACUUUUUUGGACAACUUGUGAUUAAUAUCUCCAGAGAUAUUUUGGUCAGAGCUCUGUUAGUUUGUGAACAAUGACAUUGAAGCAGAGUCCGUGGAUCAGGCCAUUGUUUGUGAAAAUAAGACUGUGACAUUUGUCUGCGCUGCAAAGACAGGAACUCUGUUUUACCUUCCUUCCUUGCCUUCUUCUUUCUUUCCUUUCUCCUCCCCUUCCUUUACAACCAAAAGCACUAACAUAAUAAGCUCAGUUCACACUCAGGCAUCAAGGAUUUACCUUAACUAUUCUUUCACUCAUUGGGGAAAACGCAUGAGAGAGAGUUGUUUGUCGUUAGACUGUUGCCAAGGCAAUAUAGUAUUUGUAUUUAUAUCAUGAUGUCACAUGGGACAUAUUGGUGGAAUGAUGUCACUGACGUGUUUGAGAGCAGGAGGAGGGAGCGCGCCAACUAACUAAUCCGAAUGAAUUUUAGACAGGUGGGAUCAAGUGGGACGUAGAACCCCAUUGCAUUGUCUUCUUAAUUUCAGAUGCAGUUGUUUACUUUUUGACGGCAGGAACAGUAGUUUCCAGACAGGAUAGUUACUAAUUUAUAUUGCCUCU